UUGGCGUUCAUCAGCUUGGCAGGUUGAUUUAUGAAAUCUGCAUAUGGUCACUGGACCUGAUGGCAUCUCCUCCCCUAAUUACCAAGGGUUAGAGUGCUAGAUUUUGGUUCAGUCCCAUGCAAGUACAAUGUUGUAUCUUAAAAAAAAAAAUGAUAAAUAUAACACCUAACUGCCAGCUUUGGCAGUUGUGUUAAGGGUCAGGUUUUUGAAUCACACUAAUGUGGGCUUUUAAAAAAUGCAUAUCUCCCAAUAAUAAUGUUGUAGGUAGGUUAGUUAUUUGUAACUGGGGCUCUUAAAUAAUCCACAGUAUUGCUUAAGCUGGAAAUUCUGCAGUAUGUUCUUGCUAAGUAGAGUCCCAUGACUGCUAUUAUGCCACUUAAAGCUUACCCUUGUUUCUUUUUGUACUUUUUCCUAGGACAUGAUCUCCUCUUGGUUUCUUUUCUCUUCUCCUGAAUCAAUUUUCUUGUUGAAACCAAAAUGUUUUGCAGUGGAGGAAGUGUUUAACAAAGUGGGGGGCAAAUGGGUGGCAAGGUGGAAGCUUGUGUGGAGUGCACCCGGAAAUGUUUACUGAUUCAUAUGAAGAAGAAAAAUUCAUCACCUGUAGUUACCUCUUUUUUCAAAGUCAUGAUUGGUGAUCAGUUUUCUAAAGUGUUGUUUCUACCUCCUAAAUUUGCUGCUACAAUAUCAGCAUUGGUCAAUCAGAAAACAUUUCUCGAGGACACAAGUGGCCGGCAAUGGAAAGUAACGAUAUCCAUUGUUGAUGGCUCUCUUGCUUUUCAACGAGGGUGGAGUUCUUUUUCAUUAGACCAUGGCCUAGAAAUUGGAGAUUUUUUGGUGUUCAAUUACAUGGGAUCACACUUUGUUGUUAAUGUAUACAAUAAAACUGGAUGUGAAAAAUUACUCUUUCCUGAAAACAGCAGUCCGAAGAAACGAGCUAGGACUAAUUGCAAUUCUACUGCCAAACCUAGCCAAUGGUACACAAAUGAUGAAGAUUCAAUGAACAAACAGGGCUCAAGCACCUCUGCUGUAUCUAUGUCAGGUGCAGAAAUAAGUCAAAGUCAAUGCACGAUGGAAGUCCCUGAAAAUCCUUCCAAUCAUGAGGAUAUCAUCCAAAGGCCCAAACCUACAUCAACAGCAGAAUACUGUGAAGAGACAUAUUACAUGAUUGAUCGAGAUGUGGGGGACAGACAAGAUGACAGAAGCUCUAUGAUGGACUUGUCUAAACUUGAAAUGAAGAAUAUCAACUCUGUUGCUGAUGUUACCAAAAAGUCUGCAGCCAAAGAUGUGAGAUCUUCUACUUCACAAAUGUUUCUUACAGAAACCUGUUUAUUUGAUAAGGAUCCAGUGACCAGUGGGACAGUGAAUAAAGUAGGAAAUAUAGAUGCAUCAGAGAUUGAGAGAAGUCAUUUUUUCAAAAAGCUAGAGAAAAAACCAUCCCUUCCCAAUAAAAUUUUUUGCAAUGACAAUACAUCUGGGCAUCUCUUCACCACUUCUGCAGUGACGCUUGACAAAAAUAAAGAGAGAAUUUCUGACAUAUUAAAUACAAAGUGCCAGAUUGCUGGGGAAUCAGGUGACAAAGUUUCAAAGUCAUUAACACUAAAGAAUCAGGUGUUUAUGUCCUCAAAGGAGCAUGCUUUGCUCAAUGACAUUGACAGUUGUCGAUCUGCUGCACAGAAAUUUAUUGUUAUGUCAGAGUCCUUUGGUGUUCCUAAUAACUUUGAGAGGCAGAACUGUCAAACUGGUGAAUUGAUAAAAAACCUUAAAAAGGAGGCUGUGGAGAUAACUCCAGAUUUGCGCAGUCAUAAGGAGAGAGGAGGUCAAGAAAUAUAUGGGAAGGAGUCAAAGGUCAUCAAGGAGGAGUUAAUUCAGCGUGCUGAUACAAUUGUUCGAGAUAAUGAUAUAGGUCUUAGAACGGUGAAAGCUGAACCUGUUGACUCAAUUGGGAUUUCCUCACCGAAUACAGCCAGUAUCUCCGGUUUGGUGGCCACAGAUAAUAAUUCUUUUCUUGAGUUGUCCACAUGCUUGCCGUAUUCUAAGGGAAGAGUGAGAAUGGAUAGGAAGGUUGUCUAUCUGCGAGAUUCAGAUAUGAAAUUGUGGCCAGUCCUCUACCAUGAGAGACCCAGUCUCAAGCUUUUGGCAAAUGGAUGGGAAUCUUUUAGCGAAGCGAAUAAAAUUCAAGCUGGAGAUGAGUGUGUUUUUAGUCUUGAGAGUGAGGGUAUAUAUGGUGUCCAGAUUAUCCGAAAGUGAAGAAGCUAGAGUUGGUUCAAGCCUCACACUGUAUAAAUUCACCACUAUUUUGUGAAGAACUCUUAGAAUUGUAUAUCAGUGUUUGUGGACCCUUAGACCAGAAUUUAGUCAGAGUAGUCAUGUUUUCUA